AUGAAUUUCCGAAAAUGUCUCGCGCGCCAUAUCGUUACGUUGGCCUACGACUAUGUGUGGAAAGCAGAGGGUGGUGAAAGAGAGGGUGGUGAAAGAGAGGGUGGUGAAAGAGAGGGUGGUGAAAGAGAGGGUGGUGAAAGAGAGGGUGGUGAAAGAGAGGGUGGUGAAAGAGAGGGUGGUGAAAGAGAGGGUGGUGAAAGAGAGGGUGGUGAAAGAGAGGGUGGUGAAAGAGAGGGUGGUGAAAGAGAGGGUGGUGAAAGAGAGGGUGGUGAAAGAGAGGGUGGUGAAAGAGAGGGUGGUGAAAGAGAGGGUGGUGAAAGAGAGGGUGGUGAAAGAGAGGGUGGUGAAAGAGAGGGUGGUGAAAGAGAGGGUGGUGAAAGAGAGGGUGGUGAAAGAGAGGGUGGUGAAAGAGAGGGUGGUGAAAGAGAGGGUGGUGAAAGAGAGGGUGGUGAAAGAGAGGGUGGUGAAAGAGAGGGUGGUGAAAGAGAGGGUGGUGAAAGAGAGGGUGGUGAAAGAGAGGGUGGUGAAAGAGAGGGUGGUGAAAGAGAGGGUGGUGAAAGAGAGGGUGGUGAAAGAGAGGGUGGUGAAAGAGAGGGUGGUGAAAGAGAGGGUGGUGAAAGAGAAGGUGGUGAAAGAGAGGGUGGCGGAAGAGAGGGCCGUUUAGCACAUGUCGAGAAUUUACUGGGUUAA